AUGUUUUUAGGUCCUGGGCGUCGAAGAACGGCUCUGGACGUUUAUUUCGAAGGUCCUGGACGCCAAAGAACGGCUCCGGACGUUUAUUUCGAAGGUCCUGGACGCCAAAGAACGGCUCCGGACGUUUAUUUCGAAGGUCCUGGACGCCAAAGAACGGCUCCGGACGUUUAUUUCGAAGGUCCUGGACGCCAAAGAAUGGCUCCGGACGUUUAUUUCGAAGGUCCUGGACGCCAAAGAACGGCUCCGGACGUUUAUUUCGAAGGUGUUGGGCGCCGAAGAAUGGCUCCAGACGUUUAUUUCGAAGGUCCUGGGCGCCGAAGAACGGCUCCAGACUCUUAUUUCGAAGUCCUGGACGCCAAAGAAUGGCUCCGGACGUUUAUUUUGAAGGUCCAGAAUGCUAAAGGUAAAGGAAGCCGAAACAAGUUCCGGACUUCCAUAUCAAAGGCAAAGGAAUCCGAAACAAGUUCCGGACUCCCAUAUCGGAGGAAAUCUGAAACCGAGUUCCAGACUCCUAUAUCGAAGGCAAGGGAAUUCGAAAACGAGUUCUGGACUCCCAUAUCGAAGGCAAGGGAAUCCAAAAACGAAUUCCGGACUCCCAUAUCGAAGGUAAAGGAAGCCGAAAAUGAGUUCGGUCUCCCAUAUCGAAGGAACACGGCUCUCUGGACGCUCCUGAACAGAAUUUCUAAGGGAUGCCGGGCUUCUUUAGACGAACCAGACUUGGAGAUUUUUUCAGGAUUUCAAAGGUUUACGGCUUCUGGACGGAAUUUCGAAGGGUUUUUUUCUCUGGCUCCUGGACGAAAGAAUUUGAAGGUAUAUCUUCAAAAUUCUUUAUGA